AUGACGCGCGGGGAACGGGAGGCCGGGUCGGGGAGGGCGGCGGGGGCGGGAAGGAGCGGCCGCAGGACCGGCCCCGGCGCCCUCCCCGGGACCUGCCCGGCCUCCCCACGAGGCCCCGCCGGGCCGUGGCGUCUGAGGGUCGUUGCCGGCCCGGGGACUCCGCUGCGGGACGCUCCAGAAGCCUCCCGGGCACCCAGGGCACGGAGCCUGGGCCGGGCUCUCUGCCUGGGAGGCCGACGGGGGCGGCUGGCAGGCGCCGCGCCCCUGCCCGACCUCGAGGGGCUCCUGCGGGGAGCCGGGGACGUGGAUCCGGCCCUCGCGUGGGAAGCCUGCUGCCAGCCGGCGCCUGACCUGCGCUUCCGAAGCCAGAAGGGCCGGAUCGGAGAGUCUGGGGCUGGGGGCCCUCGUGGCCAGAGCACCUCUGAGUCGGGGAGCCUGGCUUCCUCGGCCGCUGUGGGAACCGGGGACUACAGGGCGGAGCCCUCGCCCACGGGGUGCUGA